ACAUUUUACAUGUUUUGCAUUAAUGACAGAGGAGUGCUGCUCUUGGGUUAUUUCUUCUCCUAGAAGAUCUGAUAUUCAGUGAGGGUGGACUGACAGGUGCUCAACUGAUUUACAAUGGUAUGAUGAGUGUGGUGCCAUCAGAGUUGGGUGAAGCUAUCAUAUGUAGACACUAGUGGAAUAAUAUUCCUCUUUACUGACUGAGAAACUAAAUGACAUUGAGAUCAUGAGGCCUGGCCACAAAAACUCAGCAGGCUCUUUAUGGAUCUGGGAAUCAAGCCAUGAUGUCUCCUAAAACCCAGUUAAAAUUUCUGACCGGUGUUGCAGUGACAGACAGAGGCACUAAGUAGUGAUGUUUUGAGGACCUCACUUCUGUUUUAGGCACAAGAUUAAUCUACUAAUUGUGAAUACAGAAUGAAUUUAUCUCACCGUAGAGUUACAAAAUUAUGCUUUCAGUGUGACUUUUUAAGACUCUUUCUGCUCAUUCAACAUCAUGUUCUAUAAACCAGAGUGCUUACAAAGGGAUACUGUUAAACCUCAUCUCUCUAUAACAAAAAGCAGCCUACAACUGUAAGGUCUCUUUCUAUUCAUCAUUCACCACAUCUGUUGCUUGCUUGGACACUGACCAAAAUGAUUCAUGAACUUAUUUUGGUGAAAUACUGGGAUUAUACAGAAAGCCAGUAUUUCAAAACGGAGGAACCAACUUCCUCAGCUGAAGACAAACACAGAGUAUCAUUCUGCAGCUUCAUUAGGAAGAAGGCAGUAGCCAAGUGAAGCAGCUGGGAUCACACUGAAGUCACUCUGAACUCUGCAGAUCACUUCAUUCUUCCUUCUGCUACAGAGCUCACAUCUCUUAUUUACAGUGUGUUUCGUUCCAAAGAACUAAACAAGCUGCAACACUUGCAGACAAAUCCUGUGAGGUAGUGUAGCAUAUACUGGCUAAAAUUGCUUAUCGGAAGAAACAAUGUGAUACUUAUUUUAGCAAGAGAAGAUAUGAAAAAAGCAACUCUGCAACAUGACAUUUGAAGAUUUUGAGAACUACUCGUACUUCUAUGACCUGUCUGAGGAAGAUGAAUCACCCCAGUCCUCCCUCAGCAUUGCCCAUAUAAUUUCCCUUUCCUUGUACAGUGUGGCAUUUCUGCUGGGAGUGCCAGGUAAUGCCAUCGUCAUCUGGUUUAUGGGCUUUAAGUGGGAUAAAUCUGUGUCUACACUCUGGUUCCUCAAUCUGGCCAUUGCAGAUUUCAUUUUUGUUCUCUUCCUGCCCCUCUAUAUUACAUAUGUGGCAAUGGGCUUCCACUGGCCUUUUGGGAAGUGGCUCUGCAAAAUGAACUCAUUCAUUGCGCUACUUAAUAUGUUUGCCAGUGUCUUCUUCCUGACAUUCAUCAGCCUUGAUCGCUACAUCCGCCUUGUCCAUCCAGUCUUUUCCUACAAGUAUCGGACUGUACGGAACACUCUCAUUCUUAGUGGGAUCAUUUGGAUGUCAGCUGCAAUUAUUGGUGGCCCUGCCUUAUACUUUAGAGACACAGUUACAGUCCUCAACAAUGUCACCAUUUGCUACAACAACUUCCACGUGCAUAACAGAGAACUUAUUUUGCUGACGCAUCACAUUCUCAUUUGGGUGAGGCUUGCAUUUGGUUACCUCUUUCCUCUAGUGACCAUGGUCAUUUGCUACUCAUUGCUGAUUGUCAAAGUGAAGAGAAGAACUGUAUUGACUUCCAGCAGGCUUUUCUGGACCAUCAUUGCUGUAGUUGUAGCUUUUUUUGUUUGCUGGACACCAUAUCACAUAUUCAGCAUCGUGGAGCUGUCAGCUCACCAUGAUGAAAACUUGCAUGACUUACUGCAGGAUGGCAUUCCCCUCUCCACCAGCCUUGGCUUCAUCAACAGUUGCCUCAAUCCAAUCCUUUAUGUUCUGAUCAGCAAAAAGUUCCAGGCUGAGGUCAAGACUACGGUCUCUGAGGUGCUGAAGUUGGCACUGUGGGAGGUGAGCCGCUCUGGAACUGUCAGCGAGCAGCUGUGGAGCUCGGACAACACCCAUGCGCCUGUGCACUAUUGUGAAACUGCCCAGUGACUGCUCCUGUCACCAUCCCUCUCCAAAAGAGCCGGCAGGAGAUUUGGAGGUGUUGGUCUUGACUUUGCAUCUGUCAGUCAGAUGUGCAUCUUUGCAUCUACAGUUUUAUGUAAACAGCUGGCUUCAUUGCACUCGCUGCUCUCCUUGAAAAGGUUAGAAAGGACACAUCGUUUGUGUGUGGUGAACUUGCAG